AUGUCAAAUGUUUUCGGAUUGAUAGUAUCCGGGCGAUUGGUGCAGACAAAUUUUACACUGGUCUCAGAGACGAGUCUCGUCACGACAAUUCUAGAUGUUGAUUCUAUCAACCAUGCGGUAGUGUUUUUGACGGGCUCGACGCCGUUACCUGCCGGCUCAGUUGCAAUCGUCUACUGGAGCUGGCCUGACCCCAAUGCGCCUCCGAAUUGGCAGCCGCUCGGACAUAUCUCAAAUGCUAAACCUUCGGCUAUAUUCAAAAUUCAGAAUUUAAAAAAGCUUCAUGAAUUAUCAACUGAAAACAAAUUUAUAAAUGCAUUUGGCCAGCAGCAAAUCUGUCACAAUGCUCAAAUAGGGAUCUCCAUUGAACCAGAAGUAAAUGCUCAAAUGUUGGAACCUGUUCUAGAACAACAAACAAACAACUAUGUGACAUUUGCACAGAAGAUGCUGGAAAACUUAGUGAACUUUGUAGCAUCUUUUUCUGUAACGCAAGAUCAAAUGACCCCCACUCCGGGUGUCUCCUACAUACCACUAAAUACUCUACAUACAUGGUACCAGAACUUCGAGAGGCGCUUGCAGAAUAAUCCCAACUUUUGGAAAAACUUAUAA